AUGUCGCUUUUUGGCACGACGCCGCCCAACGAAUCGCCGUCUCUCGACGACUCUGGCUUGCGCCCAUCGCGCGUUUCCCUCUUCGACGACGACGGGCCAACAAAUCGCUCGGGCUCCGAUUCUCUAUUCAACGAUGACGAUUUAUCUGGAAGCGGUGCUCGCUCCCCUUGGGAUAUGCCUACACCGCGAAAGCAACAGUCCCGCGCCGACCUUAUCCGUGGUUUGCUUGCGGGCGUCCAGGUCCCUGAUAGCUACGUUGAAGCUUUCGACCAUGCGCUACAAGAAGAUGGCAGAGGCGGCAAAAUAUUGCCUGCGGGAAUAUCCAAGACCCUCGCCGCAGCCAAGCUCGGUGCCGACGAGCAAGCUCUUGUCAUGAGCAUCAUCUCUCCCAAUGGCGACGAGGUGGAGCUCGCGCGAGACUCGUUCAAUGUCCUGCUUGCGCUGAUCGCGUUGGCCCAGGAAGGCGAGACUGUAAGUCUCGACGGUGUUGACGAGAGAAGACGAAAUCUCCCGCAGCCUCAGUUAUCAAACAUUCCCAAGAAAAAAGAAGAACCUCUUUUCGACGCUUCCGAACUCGCUGCCAAACCGCCACAGGCUCCCGAAACGCCCCGAAAAGACUCUUUUCCACGACCGGUGCCCAAAAUUCGGAAACCCAGCAUGACCGAUCCCGAAGACGAUCCCUGGGGCUCCCCGGAUUUGCAUAGAGGCCAUAACCAUGUAAGCGCUUCGCAGUCGAAUGGCGCGGAGCCUACCAACGGCCAUGGCUACGAAAACAACCACGAGAGCAGCAGCAUUGGCGUCACUCCCGAGUUGCAUCAACGCACAACAUCGAAUUUCACCACAACAACAAUCGGCUCUGCCAGCCCGUCUGGUCGCCAAUCGGCGGCGCCCGGCCCUAUCCCGGAAACACCUAGAGGCUCUGGCGGCUGGAAUUAUUUUGAUGGCGCAAACCCCAACCCGGACCAAGGUUUUGGAGCUUCGCCGACUAAUCAGCCAGCAAACCCCUUUGGAGUAGCAACUCCUCAAGAACCUCGCAAUAAUGCCCCAGCUGCCGCGCAUUCCCGUACUAUUAGCGCUAGCCGGGUGGGCAGUGGCGCAGUGGAGAGUAUACUGGUAUCCUUAAUGCCGGAGAAGGAGGGCAUGUUCAUGUUCCAACACCACAACUAUGAGGUUACAAGCUCGCGGCGGGGUAGCAAGGUUAUUCGACGAUACAGUGACUUUGUCUGGUUGCUCGACUGUUUGCACAAGCGGUAUCCGUUCCGGGCAUUGCCUCUGUUGCCACCGAAAAGGGUCGCGCUGAACGGAAACCACUUGAGCAAUGAUGGUGGAUUCAUCGAGAAGCGUAGAAGAGGUCUUGCACGUUUCUUGAAUGCCAUCAUUCGGCAUCCAGUUUUGGGCCAGGAACAGCUGGUCGUCAUGUUCUUGACCGUACCCACAGAGCUCUCAGUGUGGCGGAAACAGGCUACAAUAUCUGCUCAGGACGAAUUCACAGACCGGGCAUUACCCCAAGGGCUCGAGGACUCUCUACCCAUUGGCCCUCUUAGUGAACUCUUUGAUCGAACGCGGGCGGGCGUCCGGCGGUCUGCAGAUCUGUACAUUAACACGUGCAAUCUGAUGGAUAGACUAGCCAAGCGUUCCGAGGGUGUGGCAGCUGAUCAUGCACGCAUGGCCGUCUCACUGGCUUCCCUUACUGAAGUGAGCGCCGACACAUACGCGACUGACACUAAUGACGUCCCGCUUUUGAACGACGGCCUUGUUGCCAUGUCAAAGCGCUUGAAGACAGCGCAGGGCCUGCUUGAGGAUGAAAGCAAAGCGUGGGAAACGGGCGUACUUGAGGACUUGAAGCGACAACGCGAUGCCCUGGUUUCUGUCCGAGAGAUGUUUGACCGCAGAGAACGCCUGGACAAGGACAACAUUCCGACUCUAGAGAGACGCAUCCAGAGCAAUGAGACCAAGCUCGCUGGCUUACGAGCCAAGCCCGAGGGACUCGUGAAGCCAGGAGAGGUUGAGCGCGUAGUUGAAAGCAUCAUAAAGGACAAGGAGAGUAUUGUCAAUCAGCACAACCGCUCGGUCUUUGUGCGUGAAACGAUUCGCGAUGAGCUCAUUUACUUUCAACAGACCCAGUAUCAGGUGUCUAGAUGGAAUCAGGACUGGGCGCAGGAACGCGUCAAGUAUGCCGAGAUGCUUGCUGACAACUGGCGCCAGCUCCUGGACGAGCUUGAGGGCAUGCCACUUGGCGAAUAG